AUUUCCAGUGUUUGGGUUUGUGUUUCUGUUCAUACUUGGCGGUGGGAAAUGACGAACGGCCGGAAAAGCCCAUCGGAGGGUGGGAUCCAGAUGCCGGAAGCUAAGUUUGCAACGGAGAGUGCUACCAUGAGUGGGCCUCUUGUUUCGGGGUCUGAUCACAGAGCUCGACUCAAGACUGACAUGGCUCACACCAUCCUGCGCUUCCUUUGUCUUCUUUCUUCUUUAAUCUCUCUGUGUUUCAUGGCUUCGGCUAAGCAAUCGGCCAAUGUCUCUAUCUACGGCUUCAGCUUCCCCGUCUACUCCAAGUGGUCCUUCGCUCACUCCUUUGAAUAUCUGCUCGGAAUGUCAGCAGCUGUCGCCGCCCAUUCGCUGCUGCAACUGCUUCUCAGCAUGUCUAAGCUGUACAAGAAGUUGCCGGUAAUUCCUUCACGGAAUCACGCUUGGCUUAUUUUCGCGGGCGAUCAGGUCUUUGCAUAUGCAAUGAUGAGUGCAGCAUCAGCUGCAUCUGGAGUGACCAAUCUGAACCGAACUGGAAUCAGGCAUACACCUCUCCCAGACUUCUGUAAGCCACUACAUCGCUUCUGUGAACACAUUGCCUUGUCAAUAGCCUUUGGUUUCUUGAGCUGCAUCGUGCUUGCGAUCUCUACCAUUCUUGAUGUGGUCUGGCUCUCUAAGUUCUGAAUUUCAUCAAACAAUAAAUAUCUGAUAUUAUGUACCCGUAAGAAAAUUAUAGUUUAAUAAUGCCUUUUUUCUUUGUUUGUCUCCAGAAAAUGGUUAGACCGGGUACAUAUGCUAGUAAAUAUAAUCUCUGUUAUUUGUAUCCUCUGUGAAGAACAUCAGCCCGUUUAUUUGUAAUGC